UUAACUCAAAAAUAACAUCAACGAAAUACUACUAUUUCAUAAUAGUACCAUCUUUGUAUUAUAGCAUUCUUUUGACGUUGGUGGCACGUACGAGACGAUGGCAUCCGUGUAUGAUGAGGUAGAAAUCGAGGACAUGGAAUAUGAUGCAGAGGAAAAGGUUUACUACUACCCGUGUCCAUGUGGUGACCAAUUUUUUAUCGACCUUGACGAAUUAUACGAAGGCGAAGACAUUGCUACUUGCCCCAGUUGCUCACUGACAAUUCGAGUAAUUUUCGAUGCAGAUAUUCUGCCAAGACGUGAAGAAGAAGAGAAGUAACAAAUGAGAUGUAUGACAUGCCGCUUUAUAAGAAAGAAAGCAUCGGGCAGAGGAAGUUGAUCGCUGCCCAUCCCUAUAAUAUAGAAGCACGGUCUGUCAAAGUCUUGGAGAAGAAGAAAUAUCAAGACAUUAAUGUGAUUUUUUAUUACCUCUACUAUAUAUUAUUUGCACGUGUUCAUAUCGUUGGCUUAACUGCUGAAAUAACUCUUUUGCUAGCACUUUAUACUUUUCUCCGGGUGAUGUCGGAAGUUCCUGCUGGGUACACGGUCUUCCAAACACAUUACACAUUAUUUGUAGCUACUUUAUUGUCUGAAC